AUGGGGGCAGGUGACAAGAUGGUGCGUCCAGGCCCUCUUCCUCCAUCCGCCCUCCGCGAGCAGCGCUCGCUCCGGCUGAGCAUCAACGCCCGGGAGCGGCGGCGUAUGCACGACCUGAACGACGCGCUGGACGGACUGCGCGCUGUCAUCCCCUACGCGCACAGCCCGUCGGUGCGGAAGCUCUCCAAGAUCGCCACGCUGCUGCUGGCCAAGAACUACAUCCUGAUGCAGGCGCAGGCUCUAGACGAGAUGCGGCGCCUGGUGGCCUACCUCAACCAGGGCCAGAGCCUGGCCGCGCCCGUGGCCGCCGCGCCCUUGACGCCCUUCGGUCAGGCCGCCGUGUAUCCCUUCUCGGCGGGCGCCGCGCUCGGGCCCUGCCCGGACAAGUGCGCUGCUUUCCCCGGGACGCCCUCGACGCUUUGCAAACACUGCAACGAGAAGCCGUGACGGCCCGGCCGGCCCCC